GUCCUUUAAUGUUUCUCGUCAACUAUUCAAGUCGGGAAGUCUACUGACACUCAUGCAUUGCACAAAAUGGCUGGAAUACUUAAUAAAAGCCAAAUGCCUAACUUUUCGUUUCGCGAUUUCGUUUUGGCAGAACCGUGAUACCAAGGGAAUGCAUCCAAUAUACAUUUCUGCGUGUGGUAACACUGCUGUCAUCAAACUGGAGGGAAAUGGGCGGAUAGUAUUGAAGUAAUAGUUUAUAUUGUAAGCGUGGAAAAAGAAUUAAUUGUGCCAAAAUGCCUUCUGAAAUGAUCACAUUGCAAUUGGGACAAUGUGGAAAUCAAAUUGGUUUUGAAUUCUGGAAACGCCUUUGUGCUGAACAUGGUAUUAGCCCCGAAGGAAUUCUGGAACCCUUUGCUACUGAAGGAAACGAUAGGAAAGAUGUUUUCUUCUACCAGGCCGAUGAUGAGCAUUACAUUCCACGUGCAGUGUUACUGGAUUUGGAGCCAAGGGUCAUUCAUACAAUAAUGAAUUCUCCAUAUGCAAAGUUAUACAAUCCAGAGAACAUUUACUUAUCAAAGCAUGGAGGAGGUGCAGGCAAUAACUGGGCAUCAGGGUACAGUCAAGGAGACAAAUUACAGGAGGAAAUAUUUGAUAUAAUUGACAGAGAAGCUGAUGGAAGUGACAGUUUGGAGGGUUUUGUCUUGUGUCAUUCCAUAGCUGGAGGAACUGGCUCUGGAAUGGGCUCCAAUCUGCUGGAAAAAUUAACAGAUCGUUACCCAAAGAAACUUAUACAAACAUACAGUGUGUUUCCAAACCAAGAUGAAAUCAGUGAUGUGGUGGUUCAGCCGUACAACUCGCUGUUGACACUGAAAAGACUGACUCAGAAUGCAGACUGUGUUGUUGUGUUGGACAACACAGCUCUUAACCGCAUUGCUACUGACAGAUUGCAUAUACAGAAUCCCUCAUUUGCACAGAUUAACACACUCGUUUCAACCAUCAUGUCUGUUUCUACUACAACACUCAGGUAUCCAUCCUACAUGAACAACGAUCUUAUUGGCCUCAUAGCUCCGUUAAUUCCAACACCACGUCUUCAUUUUCUGAUGACAGGCUAUACACCACUUACAACAGACCAAGAGGCAGCAUCUGUUAGGAAAACUACUGUAUUAGAUGUUAUGAGGCGUCUUCUUCAACCAAAAAACAUGAUGGUAUCAACUGUCCAUGACCGUACUUCAGCACAUUGCUACAUCUCUAUACUGAAUAUCAUACAGGGAGAAGUUGAUCCAACCCAAGUACAUAAGUCACUACAACGUAUCAGAGAGCGAAAGUUGGCAAAUUUCAUUCCAUGGGGCCCUGCGAGUAUACAGGUCGCUCUUUCCAGGAAGUCUCCUUAUAUUCAAAGUGCACAUCGUGUAUCUGGUCUCAUGUUAGCCAACCACACAAAUAUUUCAUCACUAUUUGAACGAGCCCUGCAGCAAUAUGACAAACUUCGCAAGCGUGAAGCGUUCUUGGAGCAAUUUCGCAAGGAACCAAUGUUCCAGGACUCACUGGAAGAGUUAGAUCUGUCUCGGCAAACUGUACAGGAUCUAGUUGAAGAAUACAAGGCGGCAACACGCCCUGACUACUUGACUUGGGGAGCUUCAUCAGAAUAAUUGAAAAUUAAUGAAUAUGUGCAUUACAUUUAAGCAUUAUUAAAUAAAAAGCUUAAAUGUGAUGCACUCAACUAUGUGUAUAUUAUUUGUACAUAAAAGCCAUACUGUACUGAAGGAAGUCCAUACUGUAUCAAAGAAAGUAAAAUGUUCAAAUGUUAUGGUAACAUAGUUCACAUUAGUGUUUUGUGCUCUGUUACCAGUUUUGGAAGAAACAGACUUGUAUUAUUUUUACCUAUCAUAGGGCACUAUUGUGUUGUUCGUCUGUGAUUAGUGUCUAUUAAUUCACUGAGUGUGUGCGCGUGUGCACACGCAUGUGUAACAUUUAUUUUGUGCAUGUUUGUAAACUUUUUGACCAAUUAUUUGUGUGAGAAAGAACCCUUUUUAUGUUUUGUGGAAGUAAAAUGGUACACACAGCUGUCAUGUGAAGCUUUUUUGCAAAAAAAAAAAAAAAAAAAAAAAAAAUGUGUAUUAGUGUGUAACAAAAGUGAUAUUAUAGUGCAGCUCAUAGCUCAAUUCAUACUUCAUUGCUGCCUGUAAAUUUAAUAUUGAACUCACAUACACAAAUAGUCGUCAAUACUUUAUUUAUUAUUUUUUUAAAUCUGUAGGGAGUGACCCUUGCAUUCUCUUUUGAAGCAUAAGCAAGGGUCAUUUCCUGUGUGUCAUUUAUUUUUACCCAUAUUGAAGAGAAACUUCCAUUUGUUAAUUUUUGAUAUAAAAUAUAUUAACUGAAUUGCGAAACCCUCCAUUAAAUAACUUGCAUUUAAUGUGUACAGCUUUUCUAGUCUUGUAUUACUACUUGAAUAAUAAAGUAGAUCUCUUGUAAGUAAA